UCCUAUCAGCCGAGAUGAACCUCUAGUCUUGCUUUGAAAAAGCCAUUUUGUGUAACUAUUGACUGAAUAAUUUCCUAAUACAUUUGUUGGGACGAUCACUGAGAGUAUGCCACUUGAGCGGCCCUUUUCUUGACCAAAUACUGGUGAUUAGAGAAGAGAGUUUUUUUUUUUCCCCCUUGAUCAUUAUGAACAUUGGCUUUUCACCCUUGAAGUAAAAAUGUUGAAAGCUGAGUCUUCAGGUGAACGAACCACUCUGAGAAGUGCCUCUCCUCACAGGAAUGCAUAUAGAACUGAGUUCCAGGCACUGAAAAGUACCUUUGACAAACCCAAGUCAGAUGGGGAACAAAAAGCAAAGGAAGGGGAGGGCUCCCAGCAGAGCAGGGGGAGGAAAUAUGGCUCCAAUGUCAACAGAAUUAAAAACCUGUUUAUGCAGAUGGGUAUGGAACCCAAUGAGAAUGCUGCAGUCAUUGCCAAAACCAGGGGGAAAGGUGGACCUUCAUCCCCUCAGAGAAGAAUGAAGCCCAAAGAAUUUCUGGAGAAAACAGAUGGCUCAGUUGUUAAAUUGGAGUCCUCUGUAUCUGAACGAAUUAGUAGAUUUGACACAAUGUACGAUGGCCCUUCAUAUUCUAAGUUCACAGAGACCCGAAAGAUGUUUGAGAGAAGUGUGCAUGAGUCAGGGCAAAACAACCGCUAUUCCCCAAAGAAAGAAAAAGCUGGGGGGAGUGAACCACAGGAUGAGUGGGGUGGUUCCAAGUCCAACAGAGGCAGUACUGAUUCCUUGGACAGCCUUAGCUCCCGAACCGAGGCUGUCUCCCCAACGGUGAGUCAACUGAGUGCAGUAUUUGAGAACACCGAGUCCCCCAGUGCCAUCAUUUCUGAGAAGGCUGCAAACAAUGAAUACUCAGUGACUGGGCAUUAUCCUCUGAAUUUACCAUCUGUUACUGUUACAAAUCUUGACACCUUUGGCCACCUUAAGGAUUCUAAUUCUUGGUCUCCAUCGAACAAACAAGGGGUUGAUACAGAGGAUGCUCAGAAGAGUAAUACAACUCCAGUACCAGAAGUGGCUCCUAAAAGUACCUCUCUAGCUUCGUUACCUAGUGAAGAGAUACAGCAGAGCCAGGAAGCCGAGGACUCCAUAUCUAACCAGGAGACUCCGGACAGAAUUGACAAAGAUAUUCCUGAAGAGCCUUGUGCUGAAAAUAAGGCAAUGCCAAAGUCUGAUAUCCUUUCACCCCAAAACCAACCUUUAGGAGAGGCUGAAGCUAAUUCUGUUGGAAGUGAGGCAGCAAAGCAACAGAGGAAAGAACUUGCAAGUGGUGAUUUCACCUCUCCUGAUGCUUCUGCAUCCAGUUGUGGAAAAGAAGUACCUGAAGACUCAAAUAAUUUCGAGAGUUCCCAUGUGUAUAUGCAUAGUGACUAUAAUGUGUAUAGGGUGAGAUCCAGGUAUAAUUCAGACUGGGGAGAGACAGGCACUGAGCAGGAUGAGGAGGAAGAUAGUGAUGAGAACAAUUACUAUCAGCCUGAUAUGGAAUACUCGGAAAUUGUUGGAUUGCCAGAAGAAGAAGAAAUCCCAGCAAAUCGGAAAAUUAAGUUUAGUAGUGCUCCAAUUAAGGUUUUUAACACAUACUCCAAUGAAGACUAUGACAGGAGAAAUGAUGAAGUUGACCCCGUGGCCGCAUCUGCUGAGUAUGAACUUGAAAAGCGUGUAGAGAAGCUGGAACUUUUCCCAGUGGAACUAGAGAAAGAUGAGGAUGGUCUUGGUAUCAGUAUUAUUGGAAUGGGUGUUGGAGCAGAUGCUGGACUUGAGAAACUGGGAAUAUUUGUCAAGACAGUGACAGAAGGUGGUGCUGCUCAGCGAGAUGGCAGAAUACAAGUCAAUGACCAGAUUGUGGAAGUGGAUGGAAUCAGCUUGGUGGGUGUCACACAGAAUUUUGCUGCAACAGUUCUCAGAAACACCAAGGGCAAUGUCAGAUUCGUUAUUGGACGAGAAAAGCCAGGACAAGUGAGUGAAGUUGCCCAGUUGAUAAGCCAGACGCUGGAACAAGAGAGGCGCCAGAGAGAGCUGCUGGAGCAGCACUAUGGGCAGUACGAUGCUGAUGAUGAUGAGAACACUGUGGCUGAAUUUCAAGGAGUAUCUGCCAACUGCAAUAACAAUAACAACUGUGUCCUUAAGACAGGAGAAUAUGCCACAGAUGAAGAAGAGGAUGAGGUAGGGCCUGUUCUUCCUGGUGGUGACAUGGCCAUUGAAGUCUUUGAGCUGCCUGAGAAUGAGGACAUGUUUUCUCCAUCAGACCUGGACACAAGCAAGCUCAGUCACAAGUUUAAAGAGUUGCAAAUCAAACAUGCAGUAACAGAAGCAGAGAUUCAAAAAUUGAAGACCAAGUUGCAGGCCGCAGAAAAUGAGAAAGUGAGGUGGGAACUAGAAAAAACCCAACUCCAACAGAACAUAGAAGAGAAUAAAGAAAGAAUGCUGAAGUUAGAGAGCUAUUGGAUUGAGGCUCAGACAUUAUGCCACACAGUGAAUGAACAUCUCAAAGAGACCCAAAGCCAGUAUCAGGCCUUGGAAAAGAAGUACAACAAGGCAAAGAAAUUGAUCAAGGAUUUUCAACAAAAAGAGCUUGAUUUCAUCAAAAGACAAGAAGUAGAAAGAAAGAAAAUAGAAGAUUUAGAAAAAGCUCAUCUUGUGGAAGUUCAAGGCCUACAAGUGCGGAUUAGAGAUUUGGAAGCUGAAGUGUUCAGACUACUGAAACAAAAUGGGACUCAAGUUAACAAUAACAACAACAUCUUUGAAAGAAGAACAUCUCUUAGUGAAGUCUCCAAAGGAGAUACCAUGGAGAACUUGGAUGUCAAACAAACAUCUUGUCAGGAUGGCUUAAGUCAAGACUUGAACGAAGCAGUCCCAGAAACAGAACGCUUGGAUUCAAAGGUCCUAAAAACUCGAGCCCAGCUUUCCGUGAAGAACAGGCGCCAGAGGCCCACCAGGACAAGACUCUAUGAUAGUGUCAGUUCAACAGAUGGGGAGGACAGUCUAGAGCGAAAGCCUUCAAACAGUCUCUAUAACCUCAUGCAUAUUACCAAAUCAGUUCCGCCCAAGGGUCUGAGAACUUCUUCUCCAGAAUCAGAUUCUGGGGUUCCACCCCUCACUCCAGUGGCUAGCCAUGUGCCCUUCUCGCCUGACCACAUAGCAGAGUUUCAAGAAGGACCAAUGCACCCAGAAAGGGGGCCUUUCUCCUCUGUUUGGGGAGACACUUCGCUUUCCUCUCCUUCAAAAUCUGAUCAUGAUAUGGAAGAACCUCCUUGCCCCCAUCAAGCUACCAGAAAGAAAAUAUUACGAGAAAAAGAUGAUGCCAAAUGUCCCAAAUCACUAAGGGCAUCCAGUUCAUUGGUGAAACAAGGAGGAAAAAUUAGGCGGAAGUUUGUGGAUCUGGGGGCACCUUUGCGAAGGAAUUCCAACAAAGGAAAAAAAUGGAAAGAAAAAGAAAAAGAAGUCAAUAGGUUUUCUGCAGGUAGCAGGAUCUUCAGAGGCAGGCUGGAAAACUGGAAAGCCAAGCCGCCCUCCGCAGCUCAGGCCUCCACCCGCUCCCCUUGCAUGCCUUUCUCCUGGUUUAAUGAAAGCCGGAAAGGAUCCUAUUCCUUCAGGAACCUGCCUUCACCUACAAGUCCCCUUCAGCCUUCUCCUGAGACUCUAAUUUCAGAUAAAACGGGGUCUAAGGUAGAAAACACAUGGAUUGAAAAAGCAAACAAGAAAAACCCAAACCCCUCCUCCUGUUCAGUCUCUGGAAGGCGUCCUCAACCUGUGUGUGCUCUGGAUCCGCGCAACCGUAAUUUUACCUUCAACGAUGACUUCAGUCCCAGCAGUACCAGUUCCGCAGACCUGAGUGGCUUAGGAGCAGAACCCAAAACACCAGGGCUGUCUCAGUCCUUAGCACUGUCAUCAGAUGAGAUCCUUGAUGAUGGACAGUCUCCCAAACACAGUCAGUAUCAGAGUCGGGCCGUUCAUGAAUGGAGUGUGCAGCAGGUUUCUCACUGGUUAAUGAGCCUAAAUCUGGAGCAGUAUGUCUCUGAAUUCAGUGCCCAAAACAUCACUGGAGAGCAGCUCCUGCAGUUGGAUGGAAAUAAACUUAAGGCUCUUGGAAUGGCAUCAUCACAGGAUCGAGCUGUGGUUAAAAAAAAACUGAAGGAAAUGAAGAUGUCUCUAGAGAAGGCUCGGAAGGCCCAAGAGAAAAUGGAAAAACAAAGAGAAAAGCUGAGGAGGAAGGAACAAGAGCAGAUGCAGAGGAAGUCCAAAAAGUCGGAAAAAAUGACAUCAACCGCAACAGACGGCCCUGGUGAACAGUAGCACACCCUCCAGAGGGUGAGAAUGCACAAGAGAAGGCUCACCUCUUCCUGCCCUGUUCUCCUCCAGAAAAAGAAACUGGUGAUGGGGUAAUGCUGCUGUAGACAGACUGAGGAACCGUGUGUUGAAUGACUGCAUUUUCUGCAAUAAUAGAAUGCACUCCUAAUUUUAACCCCUGAAGGAACCCCAAACCAUCUUUGGUUUGUUAACAAACCAGAGAUCUCAUUUGGGAGAGACACAAAGUAGUUGUGUUGCUCUCCUGUCCUACUUACCAACAUCCUGUGUUGUGUUGGGUGUGUUGUGUCACGUGGAAAACCAGCAUGACCUGCCACGAGAACAGGACACCCCCCUGGUGUUCAUGGAGCACUUGGAAUUUUCAGUUUAGGAUCCUGAAACUAGGCCCUUGCACGUAUUUGUGUGGCAGAGAGCACCCUGCCAAUGAGAUCUGGGACUCAUAUUUGCUUCUAGGGCUGCAGAGUCCAGUCUGGUGUGUGGGAAGAGCUCCCCCUUGGUCCUGGGUCUGGGCAGAGAACAGCACCAUUGUGGAAGCAUGGGUGUUGUGCCACAUAAUUUUGUCCUAAGGGAAAGAGCAAGCACACAGUCCUGCUUGCUGGGCAUCAGAAAAAGUGAAGAGAAUCAUAGUUAUCCGUUAACUGUAGAAGAGAGUAAAAGCCUUAAUAAUGUGGAUGUGGGUAUACCUUGAGGUUUGAAGGUAACAUUUAUCCUCCAGAUGUUGCUGAACAAAGAAGAAAAAGUCAAACUUUAAUGUAGCCUUGGGAUGUUGGGAUAUGUUGUUUACUUUGCUACCACUGUAUGUUCAGUAUUUCAGCAACACUGGCAAACACAACACAGUUCCUUUGUCCCCCACACACAACAAAUUGAACAGGAAAUUGAUUUUUAAGGAAACCAACAUUUUCAGGUUUCCUCUCCUGGGGAACAUUCUGGCUGGUCUUCAGCCUG